AUGGUCGCCGCCACAGAAAUGGAUGGAGAAUCAAGAAUUAAACAUGACCAAGGUCCGUUGGACGACGACGAUGAAGAAGAUAUGAAGGAGCCACCAGUUAUGAAAUUAGAUUUCGAAAAACUGUUCAAAAUGGCAGAGGAUCCAGAUUUAGAAGAACUUCUUCGAUCUCCUCUGGAUCAGGCUCUCAUCAAUUUAGAAGACGGUUCUGAAGUCCAGAAGUUGACAUCUAUCCGCACUUUUCCGGAUAUUCUUUAUUCAUCAGAUGGGGAUAAAUGCCUUCUGAAAAUGCUACCGGCUAUUCAAAAAUGUUUGAAAGUGGAAAAAUCGAAUCUAGAUUUGCAUUGUGAAGCGGCAGUUGUCUACAAGUCGAUCAUCCAAAAUGAGGAUUUGGUUAAGAAAUUUCAAGGAAUUGUGGAUCUUUUACUCGAGAACAUUCUCCAGAAUAUUCAAAACCAGAAAGAGCACCACACUCACGAAAAGGAAAAAGUUAUAAUAAAGGCUGGCAGUAGCAUCAACAACCAAAUGCAUCACUUAAGUGCAGCUGCUUGGUUGGAAACUAUUGUUGAAGUAGCUGAUAAACUCUCGUUGAGUUCAAUCAAGCAGUUUAUUAUUCCUGUAAUUCAAACACAAGCAGAGCCAGUUCAGAGGGUACAGAGAAGGAUAAUUGCGACGAAAAUCAUUCAUAAGUUGGCAUUGUUUCUGCCUCCGAAUGAAAUCCGAAAAGACCUUUGCCCAAUCGUUACCACGUUGUGCAAAGAUGCGAAUUCAAACGUGCGAGUAGCAGUUGCUCAACGACUUUUUGUCAUUGCGAACUCUCUAAAAAAUUCUCACGAUGUUGUGUCUUCCCUUCUUCCUUCUUAUGUUCAUUUAUUGAAUGAUGAAGAAAUGAAUGUUCGAGAAGCAGCAAUGAAUAGUCUCACUGAUGGAUUUUCUUUGUUUACAAGAGAUGCCAGAAAGCAUACAUUGUUCUCUACAAUCAAAAAAUUAACAGAAGAAGCAUUGGAAAAGAAGAACGAAGGUCUGGCAGUCAUCUCGAAUAACUUUGGAAAAUGGUCAUGGGAAUUGAAUGAACUUUUGGAUCAAUUGGAUAAAUCAUGGGUACUGAACACAUAUUGUAAGAUGGUUCAAAUCUCGGAUGAACUAUGCGAAGGGCCACAGAAGAAUAUCAGAAAUGUUUUGAAGAAGACAUGUUGUUUCAACUAUCCAUGUAUGCUGACAAUGUUCAAAAAACAAGUUGAUCGAUUACUUCCAUUUCUGGAAAUGUUCUGCACAGAUCACGAUGAGGAAGUUCGAGUAAGCAUUGCUGCUUCUUAUCACGAAGUUUUGUCAAUGUUCCCUAAUAAAUCUGAUUUAAUUCCUCCUUUUAUUGAACUUCUUCAUGGUGGAUCUUCUGAUGUCAUAGCCAAAAUCUCCCACAAUCUCUCAAAAAUUCUACCUAUUUUAUAUGAAAACGUCAAGGAUAAUCCGGGGAGAACAACUAUUCAGCAACUGGAUCGAUUAUUGAUUGGAUGCAAUCAGAUAUUAAGAACUUCCAGUUCAUGGAGAAGUCACGAAGCAUUUCUGAAAAGUUUGAAGACGUUAUCGAAUUGCAUAGAAGAGGAGACAAUUGUUGAAACAUUUUUCCCACUUCUGAAGAAAGAAGUCUUGAAUGUCAGGGCAAUCCCGUGUCGGAUAGCUGCUUGUGAAGCUCUUCUGAUUCUGAUGAGGCAAAUUUCAAAAGAAGAAAUAAGGAAUGAAAUCAUCGAAUUCUUUAACAAAGAACUAUCGACACACAAUUGCUGUUAUCGACGGAUAACAUACAUUGAUGUUGCUGAAAUUGUUCUCUCCAAUUUCAGCAAAAGAAUAUUUAUUGAUAACUUUCUGAAUGAUACACUUCGACUGACAACUGAUCCAGUUUCUAAUAUCAGAAUACGAGCGAUCAAGUUUCUUCCAAAGAUAAAAGCGAAACUACAACUUCCGGAAGACGAAGAAAUUCUUUUGAAAAUUGAGAAUUCGGUCAAAGAGCAACUGAAAUCAACGGAGUUGAAUGGACCCACAAGAGCCAUUAUCAAUCAGGCAGCUGUCGAUUUAUCAAGAUGCGAAACAUGUUCGGAUACACAAGAUGAACAGAAAAUAAAAGAAGAAGAAGAUCUGUGGAGUAAAAAGAAAAUAGAUAAGAAGAAAGAAUCAAAGAUAAAGAAACCAAGUAUAAGGAGCAGAAUAAGGACAAAAGAAACAAAACUGGAUCAAAAGGAAGAAGAAGAAGAGGAGGAAAUCGGUGUGGGAGAAUUUGUUAGAUCAUCUAGUCUUCGUAUUCCAACCAAUUCGAUUCGUGCAACAUCUCCAUGGAGAACAGAAAGAAAAGCAAUUGCAGUUGUUCGUCCACAACCUGUCAUUACAGUUAGAUCUCAAUCACCCUCUCCAAUGUCAUAUCGGAGUCCCAGCCCUGCUCCAAAAGAGUCAAUUCGUCCAAGUCGUUUACCAUUGAGUUCGUCCGAAAGAGAUAAACUGAGGAAAGCAGCGACAGAUGCUCCGCCUCCACCGGCUAGAAGUGCUCGAAGUGCAUCGGUUGUAGCAAGUAGAAGAUCAGAUGCAAUGACGUCAUCCACAUCAUCUAUCGAAUCAAGCAACUCGACGUCUUCUCUUUCAUCGUCCGCACUUCCUUCAUCUGGAUAUGGACUUCGUAGAUCAGCUACAUCAAGCAGUUCAUUUGCAGGAUCAUCAUACACUUCCACGUCUUCUUACUCUCUAAUGAACGCCCGCUCCUCUUCAAAUAUCCGUCGUCCUGGCUAUGGAUUAUCCCAUGUUUCAAGUUUGAGCACUUUUGAAAGAAAACCAUCCCAAUUAUCUUGUCGUGUCAGAAAUCUUGACUAA